AUGCCUCGUGAAAGCAUUGUAGACGCUGAAGAAGCAUCGGAAGCUCUGUUAAACACUUUGAAGAUAGAGAUGAAUGAUUUGAACGGAGAUGCUUCUGUUCGUUGGCAAGUUACGCGUCUUAUUGACUGGGCGUGUAUGAUUCACGGGUUUUCAGAUCUAAACACUGACGAUCAAGCAUGCUUAAUACAUUCAGGAUGGAAUGAGCUGAUCGUUGCUGAUGUAGCAUUUCGUUCUACUCGUGACACAUUGAUGCUUUGGCCGGAGAGGCCAAUGGAGAGGCGAGAGGCGGAAAAACGUAACUGUUUACAAUUAUUCGACAGCAUCAUCAGAGAACUAACUUGCAAAAUGAGAGAGCUUGUUAUGGAUCGGAUGGAACUUGGAGCUAUACGGGCCAUUGUUCUUUUUAAUCCAGAAGUACCAGGACUAGAGUGUAGAGAAUUUGUUGAGUCUCAGCGAGAAAAGGUGUACCAUUGUCUCGAAGAUUACUGUAAGCAGCAGAAUCCUAGUCAAACCCAACGUUUCGCAAAACUCCUUUUACGCUUGCCAGCGCUUCGCACUGUCAGUUUAAAAAGUAUCGAGUGCAACAAACUUAUUAUUUCUUCACCUACUAUACAGGUCAGUUUUUGA